AUGGAGUUGUUCCAAGCAAUAAGUUUAUUCAGGCGACGAAAGUACGAGGAAUGUGGGAAAAUAUGUACGAAUCUUCUGCGAAAGAGUCCCCUGGACCAGAGCGUUUGGGUGCUGAAAAUGCGAGCUUUAACGCUGCAAUUGUACGUUGAUGACAUUGAGAGUGAGGAGGAGGGAAUUGCUGAGAGUUUACUCGAUAAUUACAUGAUUGCUUCGAUGCCAAGACCUGGAACUUCUCUGAAGAACCCCGGAACAGCGAUGGUGGGUCAGGGAUUUCGUCCCAAGACCCAGUCUGGAAGACCAGUAACUGGAACAGUUCGUCCAAUGACCCAAUCAGCAACAGCCCAGACUAUGGAACAAGCACUGAGAACUCCAAGAACUGCCAUGUCUGCUCGACCCAUCACCACAGCUUCUGGAAGAGCUGUUAGAUUGGGAACAGCUUCAAUGGUGUCCGAACCAGACGGUCCCUUCAUCCAACUCUCCAGAUUAAAUAUCAGUAAAUACGCGAGCAAGCCUGGGAUUGCCAAGCCUCUGUUCGAAUAUAUUUAUUACCACGAACACGAUGCUAGGAGUGCCCUGGAUUUAGCGGUGCAAGCAACUCAGGCCUGUCAUUUUACUGACUGGUGGUGGAAAGUUCAAUUGGGAAAGUGUUAUUACACAUUGGGACUUGUCAGAGAUGCCGAGCAACAAUUCAAGUCAGCAUUGAAAGAUUGCAGAAGUAUCGAAAUAAUGUUACGACUUAUCAGAGUGUAUGUGAGGCUGGACCAGCCCCUGGCAGCUCUGGAAUUGUGCAAAAGGGGACUUGAAUAUUAUCCCAAUGAUGUAACAAUUUUGACUGAAAUGGCUAGAGUCUUUGAAGGUCUCAACAGCAUGAUAAUGUCGGUGAAAUAUUAUAAAUUGGUGGCCCAGGAAGAUGCUGCUAAUACUGAAGCCAUUGCUAGCAUUGGCAUGCAUCAUUUUUAUAAUGAUCAACCGGAAUUGGCUCUUAGAUAUUACAGGAGACUUUUACAAAUGGGUGUUUACAAUGCAGAACUAUUAAACAAUCUGGGACUUUGUUGUUUCUACUCACAGCAAUAUGAUCACACGAUUUCUUGCUUCGAGAGAGCCCUUAGCCUCUCCAACGACGAGAAUAUCGCUGAAGUUUGGUAUAAUAUAUCUCAUAUUGCCAUUUGCCUGGGGGACCUGAUAAUGGCUGAGGAGUGCUUGAGACUGGCGACGAAGAUUGACAACCGCCAUGCCAAUUCCUAUAAUAAUCUGGGAGUUCUUGAGAUGAAAAAAGGAAAUGUCACAGCUGCGAGAACUUAUUUCCACGCUGCUGCCAGUAUAGCCUCUUAUAUGCAUGAGCCACAUUUCAAUAGUUCCCUUCUUGCCUAUGAGGUUGGAGAUUUACAAACGAGUUACAUCGCAGUCCAAAAGUCACUAUACGCCUACCCCAGUCACUGCGACAGUAAAGUACUCUUCAAAAAAUUAGAGAGACACUUCUUUCAUUCUUAAUUUAUUCGUAUCUAAUAUG